AUGUUUGUAUUCGCACGCACAUGCACAUACGUAUACGCAUCUUUAGUGGACUCUGAUGAUGAAGGAUGCGAACCCGACUCUUUUCAUGAUCCACUGAACUGCCGCCAACGAAAAGAUGGGACUUUGGCGUGGCCAACGACCCAUCUCCGAGGAUUGAAGCCCUUGGUGCCCGAGGAGACCUCGUGUUUGCACUAUUCGCGUGGCGCCAUGGCCGGCCCUCGUUCGGCCCUCUCUCCGCCGUCCGCUUCGCGCAGCGGCCAUUCGUCCAACAAUUCUCACCUCCAUCACACCCGCCACUUUCACGCUGGCAAGGGAGAUGAUGUGUCCUCGGUUGGGGAGGCCUCCGGAUGCAUCUGCACCUGGCGCUUGACUUUUCCGCAACCCGCCGCUCAGUACCUGGCCUUUCGACAACGCCUGGACACACACUUUGUAUCACUCGAGAACAUCACGAUCACCGAGGAGUUCGACUCUUCCUCCGACGAGGCAAGGACGACUUGUGACUCGCCACACUCGCUUUCGUCCGCUCUGGCCGCUAAGUACUCCAGCUCUGUCAAUCAUUCUCCACACCAGCGUCCCGAGCAUGAU